CUGAAAAGUGCUAACUGGACCACACUUUUCCGUCGUCUAACGUGAAGGAAAGACACGCACCAGUCAUGAGGACUCUGCUGGCCGUUGGUUUUAUCCUUUGCCUCGCCGUCUCAACUGUCCUCGCCGGUGGUUUCGGCGGAGGUUUCGGACGAGGCAUUGGUUUGGGCCACGGUGGUGGCCUCGGAUACGGUGGUGGCCUUGGUGGUGGCUACGGAGGCGGCCUUGGCGGCGGUCUUGGCGGCGGCCAUGGCGGCGGUCUUGGCGGCGGUCUUGGCGGUGGCUACGGCGGCGGCUACGGAGGCUCUUACGCUGGUUCCUACGCUGGAAAUUACGGAGGAUUCCAUGGCGGUCACUUGGGUUGACAAGGCCUAAGGUGUAACAUCGCUGCGAACGUCAACGAAAGGAAAAGAUAGUCAAAGUGUACAAAACAUGUAUUUAGAUCGGAAUAAACAACUUCCACCGAA